CGGGCAUUCCGGCGUGGUGUCCGGCACUGGCGCGCCCUGUCCUGGAGCCCCUGGAGCCACGGUCAUGGGCUCUCAGGACCAGGGGCUCCCCCAGUCCGACCAGCCCCAGCAGCAGGGCCUGGCACCGGGGUCGGCGCCCUGCCACAACAGCCAGGGCGGCAACGAGGCCAAGCACGCCCUCCAGGGGAACGUCAACGCCGCGUACACCCAUGACGGCGUGAAGGUCUCCAAGGCCGGAGGCACUGGCGGGGUCCACUUCCUGAAGGCGACGGCGUGCACCGAGGUCCGGGACCUCAUCCACCUUCCCGGGCCACUCACCGAGGACGCCGUGCUCAGGACACUCCACGCCAGGUUCUUCAGCAGGGAGUACUUCACGAACGUGGGGCCCGUGCUGGUGUCCGUCAACGCGUACCAAGACGUGGGCAACCCGCUGACGCUGCGCAGCGCCCACGCAUCGGCCCGCUGCCCGCAGCUCCUUCAGGUGGUGCAGGAGGCCGCUCGACAGCAGGCCGAGACCGGAUACCCGCAGGCCAUCAUACUCAGCGGCGAGAACGGCAGCGGCAAGACGUACGCGUCGAUGCUGCUGCUGCGGCAGCUGUUCGACGUGGCCGGCGGGGGCUCCGAGACGGACGCCUUCAAGCACCUGGCGGCCGCCUUCACCGUGCUCCGCUCCCUGGGCAGCGCCAAGACGGCCGCCAACGCCCAAUCUAGUCGCAUCGGUCAUUUCAUCGAGGUGCAGGUGACCGAUGGUGCCCUGUACAGGACAAAGAUUCACUGUUAUUUUCUCGAUCAGACACGGGUGGUGAGGCCUCUUCCGAACGAGAAGAACUAUCACAUCUUCUACCAGAUGCUGGCUGGGCUCAACCAGGAGGAACGCGGGAAACUGCACCUGGACGGGUACUCGGUGCAGAACCUGCGGUACCUGAACCGUGGAGACGUGGCCCAGAACGAGGCGCAGGACGCCACACGCUUCGAGGCCUGGAAAUCCUGCCUGUCGGUGCUGGGCAUCCCGUUCCUGGACGUGGUCCGCGUGCUGGCGGCGGUCCUUCUGCUAGGCAACGUUCAGUUCGUGGACCGAGGGGGCGGGGCCUCUGAGGUGGACCUCAAGGGGGGCUCCGAGAUCAAGUCCGUGGCCGCCCUUCUCGGCGUCUCCAGCGUGGCCCUCUUCCAGGGACUGGCGGCCCGCACGCGCACCGUCAGGGGACAGCUGGUCAAGUCUGCCUCUGACGCCGGCCUGGCAAGUCAAGUGAGGGACGCCCUGGCCAAGGCCCUGUACUGCCGGACGGUGGCCACCAUUGUACGGCGAGCCAACAGUCUCAAGCGCAUGGGGUCCACCUCAGGGACCCUCAGCUCAGACUCCAACGAGUCGGUUCACAAUCACACAGACACUGGAAGCCAACAUGCGUCGACCAUUGGCUCCAGUGGCGCCAAAUCUUCCAAGUCGAUGACGGUGCUCAAUUCUGCCGUGCGCCACGCCACUGACGGGUUCAUUGGCAUCCUCGACAUGUUCGGGUUCGAGGACGUCAAGCUGAGCCAGCUGGAGCACCUGUGCAUCAACCUGUGCGCGGAGACGAUGCAGCACUUCUACAACACUCACGUGUUCAAGAGCAGCAUGGAGGCGUGCCGGGAGGAGGGGGUCUUGUCCGACCUCGAGAUCGAGUACGCCGACAACGUGCCCUGCAUCGACCUCAUCUCUUCGCUGAGGACGGGCCUGCUGAGCAUGGUGGACGUGGAGUGUUCCCUCCGAGGAACACCCGAGUCGUACGUCCAGAAGGUUCGUCUGCAGCACAAGACUAGUCCCAGGUUCUUCGAGGCCAAGUCUGCAGAGGGCCGGGCGUUUGGCAUCCGUCACUACGCGGGCAACGUGACGUACGAGGCAUCGGGUUUCCUCGAGACCAACCGAGACGUGGUGCCAGACGACGUGGUGGCUGUCUUCCACAAGACCAGCUGCUCCUUUGGCUUUGCCACGCACCUUUUUGGGAGCGAGCUCAAAGCACUUUUCGCUGAUGGCAUCGCACCUCGAGGCGUGUCCUUCAGGGUUUCUCCAACAGCGCACACAGAACUGCAAAGUGGUGACGAGCCAGUGUCCACGCUCACCCAAGACUUCCAUACACGGCUGGACAAUCUGCUGCGGACCCUGGUGCACGCCAAGCCACACUUUGUGCGCUGCAUCAAGGCAAACAAGCAUGAGCAGCCAGGCCACUUUGAGAGGACAGUAGUCAUGAAGCAGCUCAGGGCACUGCAGGUCUUGGAGACAGUCAACCUCAUGGCAGGAGGCCUUCCACAUCGAAUGCGAUUCAAGGCAUUCAAUGUCCGCUACCGGUGCCUGGCACCAUUCAACACACUCAAGAGAACAGAGGACAAGGCUGUCGGAGAUUGCAAGCUUAUUCUGGAGUACUUCAGCCAAGCCAUCGAGAAUGUGAAGCUGUCAAACGCUGCAGUGAACUGGGCACUUGGGAAGCGGCACAUCUUCCUCAGCGAGAACGGCCGCCAGCAGCUGGAGAUGCUCCGUGAGGGUCGUCGUCACGCGGCCGCUGUGCUGAUCCAGGCCGUGUGGCGUGGAUGGCACCAGAGGCUCCGCUGGCCGAGCCUGCGCCGCAGUCUGCAGCUUCACGGAAGAACCAGGGUGGCCAGCAUGAGAUCGCAGGCGCUGCUUUCACCGGCGGCCGCUGCGGGCGCCCAGGCGGCCGGAAGGCCACGGCCGCAGCCCAUCUCGGGCACGCCACCUCCGGAGAUGGAGCGCUGCGACACCAAGACCAUUCAACAAACCUGCUCCCUCUUUGGGCUGGACCUGGAGAGGCCACCUCCUGUGCCACCGAGCCGUCCGUACACCGUCAGUGGUAACACCAAGCUCGGCUACCCUCAGACCCGGGUGAUGAAGAUGAACUACCCAGAAGAGGCCGCCGGAGAGACCAAGCUGCCCAAGAGCGAGACAGUGAUGGUGGUUGGCGCCUCGCCGCGGCGCGGCCAUCUUCUCGUCGAGUACAAGGGCCAGACUCACCACGUCCCUUACCAGUUCCUCGAACUCAAGUCUUCCAGCCCCGGCACCACGCCAGUCGGGACUCCCAACGCCACGGGCACGGGAAUCAACAUCUGAACCGCCGUCUCUUGCACAAGCCGACUUCGCCGCAAGUGCGCGUUCGUUGCGGACUCGGCCGUCGUUUUCCGUGCUGUACAUAUAGACUCGCGUCAACUUCCGAACCGUCGACCAAUCGCAACGCAGGACGGCCAAGGCCGUUCUUCUCGGCUGUUGCGGGCAUUGCCAAACUUCUGAAAAACGUCGGACGCUGUCUGCGAACGCUAGCCGACGUUAACGUUUCUGUCUAGGCUGACGACGCUUGUUACUUGACGCGAUUAAACGAAACUAGCGACAGCCCUCGGCAACGUUGGCAAACGUCGAGUGCCAUUGAGCUUCUGCUGAAAGCUCCCAGCGUCGCUCAGAAACUCGUGCACGGGGAGUACGAUAGCAGACCGCAGACGACGAAGUGCGUCUGCUGACUCUGGAGCGCAUCAAGUUGGCGGAGCGAGCGUGUGUUGGCUGCCCUUAACACAAUAACAGCUAACACCAAGUGAUAAUGGCUGAAUGGACUGCCGUGUUUGGCGCGUCACUACGCGUGGCCAAUGCCACAGAGGUGUCAAAAUAAUGGGGUUGUUGUAACAAAGAGCGCCAGCGAAGCAUCGCACGCCAUGCCGCUUCUGCGGAAAACUAGACGGAGGACUUGCAAUACUCAGGUUUUUUUUGUAUUACUCUCGCAUUUUCAUUUUCUUCUUUUUUUUAUGGCCGCUGGUUCCUGUCGCUGCGGCACGACUCAGAUCAAAGCAGCAGUGUGCGGACAAACGCGUCCGUUCAACCAACAUGGAAGGAAAGAUGUUCCUCAUUCUCUUUUGUUCGUUCCCGUGUGUGCCAGUGUGCGUCUCGGAAGAGUGCGUUGUUUCGGAAUGCGUGAAUGACUGUCCAGUCGAGACUUCGUCCGAAUCGAUCCCGUGUCGUUGAUCGAUGCUGAUAUCGCAGUUAAAGGACGGAAUAUUUAUUGUCACUGUCACCCUUUGUCAUGCUGUUUUCGGUGGCGAAACGUAAUGUUUCUUGUUUCGCACAUGUUGCAUGUGUACUGCAUGUAACUGCUUUUCUCGUGGCCACCUCAAGCGUGCUUUGUGCAUAGUUCAUAUGCCAUGUAAAGUAGUUCUUACAAGAGCUGGCUAUUAGGGAAGACUUGCAUUUGAAAUGUGCAUGCUUUGUUAAAAGUUAACAAAUAACUGGUCUUGAAUGCACGUACAAGUAUCUUAAUUCGCUACCUAAGGGGAGAAAUUAGUACUAUAAUUAGGCUGUAUAAUAGUUUCAGACCGAAAAACAUUUGCCCAAUGACUUCGUUACAGUUCAGAUAUUUUUCAGUCAAGCUUGCAGUGAAAAAAACUUUGUCUGAAAAAAUUUCGAAAGUUUUAUAAGCUGUUGUUUCACUCAAGAUAAAUUUUUGAACUUUUCGUGAAUAAUUCCAGAAAUGUUCGUACGGACGUCAAGAUCUUUGCUCGAAGCAGUCCUCAAACAAAUAAGAAUAUUCAGUUUCUCGACACAGUGCUUUUAAACACAUCAGCCUAAUAAAGUUUUUUGCAUUAAAGAACUUUUGUUUUACACAAUGGGCGGCUCAACACCUAUAAACCUACAUUUGUGGGGUUUUUUGUAUACUUUCAGCUCGACAUAUAAUAAACAACACUCCUGGCCCCAUUUCUAAAAGCAGGCGGCAGUGUCGGUAACGUGCUACUUUUGCUCAGUAUUCUGUAACCAUGAUACGUCCCCAUUUUUCGUUUGUUUCGUUUACGACGUCGCGAAGACGAAUCGCGCGGUUCCAACGCUUGUGGUCUCAGGUUUGUUUGAAGCAUGGUUUCAUUACGCAGUGCGAGUCUUGUGUGUGUCCGUGUGUGCAUGUUUACAUGAAUUAAUGCUCCCCAGGGAGACAGUCGCACAUGUGUGCACUGUCCUUGGUUGUUUGUUUUCCUAAGAACUUAUACGUACGGCGCCUUAACGCUACACCUAAGCCGGAAGUGCCAAAACCUGUGCCUCGUGACAGAAAAGCGCAACUUUUUGCAAAUGUUCCUGUUAGACUAAUGCAUUUCUAUUUUUUAUGCUACGUGUUUGCACAUUGAUCUUGUGGUCGAUGUAACGCUGUCAACGCAUCCGUCUCGAAGUGUGCAACAAUCGUUUAAACGGCAUGUACCUAAGUGUUUUUUCGGUCCAGUACUUAAUGUUUUUAACACCAUGUUAUUCUUUGCUACUGACACUGUUAAAAUUCCAGGUUGUUUCAAGUUUCUGGAUCACUAAACAGUUUUUUUUUUUGUGUGUGUGAAUGUACAUAAUUAUUACCAGGUUGGUUCCUCUAAAGAGCAGGGGUUUCAUGAUAUUGUAUCCGUCUGUAUGUGUGCUUACAUGCUCAUGUAUGGAUGGGUGUCCCAAUAACGUCUCUCCUCAGAAUAAAAUGUACAAACGCUA